CUGAUGACGCACCACGUUUAGCCGUCGCAAGUUGUCGACGUUAUGCUAGUAGCAACGAACUGUUUGUCGCAUGUUUUUAAAGUGAUUUAACACAUUAAGUGCGAUGUCAGCUUUGUGUGGCACCAGCAAUGACUGCCAAGAUGCAGGUCAGGAGGCCACAGAAAAUCAGGCGAAGGAACAUCCUCGUGUCCUCAUUCCUGAGUUAUGUCGGCUGUUCUACCAGCUGGGAUGGGUGACGGGGACGGGAGGUGGGAUCAGCCUGAGACGAGGAGACCAGAUUUUCAUAGCACCAUCCGGAGUCCAGAAAGAGAGAAUACAGCCAGAAGAUAUGUUUGUGUGUGACGUGGAGGAGAAAGACAUCAGCUGUCCACCUGCCUGGAAGAAGUUAAAGAAGAGCCAGUGUACACCACUUUUUAUGAACGCCUACACAAUGAGAGAGGCACAGGCAGUUAUACACACCCACUCCAAGGCUGCUGUCAUGGCAACACUGCUGUAUCCUGGCAAAGAGUUCAGGAUCACACAUCAGGAGAUGAUCAAGGGGAUUCGUAAAGGAACCUCAGGCUCAAACUAUCGGUAUGAUGACAUGUUAGUGGUACCUAUUAUUGAAAACACACCAGAGGAGAAGGACUUGAAAGACCGGAUGGCUCAUGCAAUGGAGGAAUACCCUGAUUCGUGUGCGGUUCUUGUCCGCCGACAUGGCGUCUAUGUUUGGGGCGAGUCAUGGGAAAAAGCAAAAACGAUGUGUGAAUGCUACGACUACCUGUUUGAUAUCGCAGUCCAGAUGAAGCAGUGUGGAUUGGACCCUUCAGCCCUUCCAUUUGAAGAAAAGGGAAUAGUCUGACAUUCAGUGGUGCUUAUUGUGAAGAGACAUUUGUUGCAGAAAGGUUAGUUGAGUUCAAUCAGGAGAGCAGAUUGUAAUCAUUUACCUUUCACAGCAGCCGGCUUCAAAAUUGAUGAAAUUUGAUGGUAAGGGCAGAUUCAGGGUUGAAGAUCAAAUGCCUGUAAUCUGGAAGUACCUGGAGGUACACCAUAAAGCACCUGAGGACAACUCACAAGAGAGUAGCUGUCAAACCAAUGUCUCCAGGUUCAAAUGCUUUACUGUUCAAGACUGACUGCACAGGAAUCAAGGUUUUGGUGCAUGUCAGAGGAGGAAAACAUGAAUCUCUCUUGAUCUUAAAUAUGUCCUGUCCUUUGCCUCAGUGAAUAAAAAAUUAUUUGAUGUU